AUGGACAUCGUUGGCUUUCUGAAGUCUCAAUUCAUUUGCCACCUUCUGAUCUGCUACAUAUUUAUAGUGUCAGGACUGAUCAUUAACUUCAUUCAACUCUUUACGCUUAUACUUUGGCCAAUCAACAAGCAACUGUUCAGGAGGAUCAACUGCAGGCUGGCUUACUGCAUUUCAAGCCAGAUGGUGAUGUUGCUGGAAUGGUGGUCAGGCACCGAUUGUACCCUCUACACUGACCCAGAGAGUUACCACAAGUAUGGGAAGGAGAAUGCCAUCGUAAUCCUUAAUCACAACUUUGAAAUCGACUUUCUCUGUGGUUGGAACUUUUGUGAAAGAUUUGGGGUCUUGGGGAGUUCCAAAGUGCUUGCAAAGAAGGAACUCUCCUACAUGCCUAUCAUUGGUUGGAUGUGGUAUUUCCUAGAGAUAGUCUUCUGCAAGCGUAAGUGGGAGGAAGAUCGGAAAACAGUCAUGCAGAAGUUGCUGAACCUUCGGGACUACCCUGAAAACUUUUGGUUCCUGAUUCAUUGUGAGGGCACAAGGUUCACGGAACAGAAGCAUGAGAUUAGUAUGCAGGUAGCUGAAGCCAAAGGCCUGCCCAAGCUGAAGUAUCACCUACUGCCACGAACGAAAGGAUUUGCUGUCACCGUGCAGUGUUUGAGAAAUGUAGUUUCUGCAGUCUAUGAUUCUACCCUCAAUUUUAGAAAUAAUGAGAAUCCAACAUUGCUGGGAGUUCUAAAUGGAAAGAAAUAUCAUGCAGAUUUAUAUGUAAGGCGGAUUCCACUAGAGGAAGUCCCAGAAGAUGAGCAGGAAUGUUCUAACUGGCUCCACAAACUGUAUCAAGAAAAGGAUGCAUUCCAGGAAGAGUACUACCGAACAGGAACCUACCCAGCAGUCCCUAUAGUACCACCCCGACGACCAUGGACGCUUUUGAACUGGCUUUUCUGGGCCUUAUUGCUGCUAUAUCCUUUAUUCAAGCUGCUUGUCAACAUGAUCAACAGUGGAUCAUCACUGACACUGGCUAGUUUUGCAUUUGUCAUUGUAAUGGCUUCUGUUGGUGUCAGAUGGAUGAUAGGCGUUACAGAAAUUAACAAGGGCUCCACCUAUGGCAACAAUGACAACAAGCAGAAACAAAAGUAGUACCUUCAGAGACUGCUUCAAUCCAAAGGGAACAAACGCAACUUCUGAAAACUCUUCAAGUGCAUAUCAUGGUCCUUCGAGU